GCCAGACCGGUCUGGUUCCAAAGUUUCGUCUUUCCGUUCCAAAUUAAGUAAUCACACAGUUAUUGUAACUCGAAAUCCUUCUCGAAUCCUCCUUCGUCCUCGCGAGUCUGCGACUUUUCUUCCCGCGGAAAGAAAUACAGAGUAACUCUAUAGGAAGGAACAAGUUGUCAUUUUCUUUCUGGGAAAAUGUUUAAGAACACAUUCCAGUCUGGGUUUCUAUCCAUUUUGUACAGCCUUGGGAGCAAGCCUUUGCAGAUAUGGGAUAAAGAAGUUAUCAAUGGCCAUAUUAAAAGGCCACAAGAUGAAGACAUCCAGUCCAGUGUACUUGAGAUUGUUGGAUCAAAUAUCCAAUCAACAUACAUUACAUGCCCAGCAGAUCCUUCGGCCACGCUUGGUAUAAAGCUUCCUUUCUUGGUUAUGAUCGUAAAGAAUCUAAAGAAAUACUUCACAUUUGAGAUCCAAGUGCUGGAUGAUAAGAAUGUCAGGCGACGUUUCAGGGCUUCUAAUUUUCAAGCUGUGACACGAGUGAAGCCUUAUAUCUGCACUAUGCCCUUGAAGUUGGAUGAGGGGUGGAAUCAGAUCCAGUUGAAUCUUGCUGAUUUUACACGGAGGGCUUAUGGCACAAACUAUGUUGAAACUCUGCGUGUCCAGGUCCAUGCAAACUGUCGCCUAAGGAGGAUAUAUUUCUCUGAUCGCCUUUAUUCAGAGGAAGAGCUCCCACCGGAAUUCAAACUGUACCUUCCAAUGCAAGCAUAGAACCUCAAUGAGAGCUGCAGAAUCAUACAAUCUCUGGAGGAGCUGGUCUUGGAGAUCUGAACAAACUUGGGGCUUACUAUUUUCCCUGGUUGCCUAGAUUUCAUGUAUGCUAGAUGUUCUUCCCCUUGAGGAAACAAUAGCAAACACGCUCUAGAACAAUGUUAUGUUUGAUCAGUUGUAUCUUUUUAACAAUGUAGGUGUAUCGUUUGAUCUUCUUAGGUAGCUGAAAUGAAAGCGACAUUCCAAAGGAUGUGGGGAUACAA